AUGAAUCAUCUGAGCUGUGCUGGCAGUGACCAGUGGCCAUCCCCCCUGUCCGGGGGUGACCGGGGCUCAUCCCGGCCGUUCCCAGUUCCCGAGCUCCCGUUCCCCCCCAGGUUGAGCGGCCUCUCCUCGUCCCUGGGCGAGUCCCCCUCGGAGCGCGGGUCCCCCGGGCACCGCCGGCAGCCCUCGGACGCCUCGGAGUCCACAGGGCUGGUGCAGCGCUGUGUCAUCAUCCAGCGGGACCAGCAUGGCUUCGGCUUCACCGUCAGCGGCGACCGCGUGGUGCUCGUGCAGUCCGUGCGGCCCGGUGGGGCUGCCAUGAGGGCCGGCGUGCAGGAGGGUGACCGCAUCCUCAAGGUGAACGGGACGAUGGUGACCAACAGCUCCCACCUGGAGGUGGUGAAGUUGAUCAAGUCCGGUGCCUACGUGGCCCUGACCCUGCUGGGGUCCCCCCCCGGCUCCGUGGGGGUUCCGGGGUCCCAGCAGGAGCCGGAGCCCGCGGGGUGUCCCCAGGGGCCCCCCCAGCGCAUCACGGAGCCCAGGCCCCUGCAGGACCCCGAGGUGCAGAAGCACGCGGCGCAGAUCCUGCGCAACAUGCUGCGCCAGGAGGAGGCCGAGCUCCAGCGCUUCCAGGAGCUGCUGCAGCGGCAGCCGGGCGCGGCGCUGGAGGAGCAGCUGCAGGGGGCGCGGCGCCGGCUCAGCCAGCUGCAGCUCAAGGUGCUGCAGGAGGCGCGCGGAGCGGAUUUGGGCUCCCUGGAAGGGGAGGCUCUGCGGGGCUCCCCGCAGCUCCCGGGGCGAUUCCCCAGGGAUGCCCAGGAUGGGGACCCGGGGCUGGAGUCCGCAGAGGUGUCCCGGAAUUCCGGCUUUUCCGAGCCCAGCAGCCCCCGCAGCUCCCCCGUGCUCGGCUCCCGCCUCUCCACGGAUCCGGGAUCGGGGAGGCCGCAGAUCAUCGGGCCCGAGGAGGAUUGUGAGCCCGGCAGCGGCAGCAACGAGAGCGAUUCCGUGUUCCAGGAUUUGGGAAUUCUCAAAUCCCGCCCGGCCCAUUUGGGAGUUUUCCUGAGGUUCCUCUUCUCCCAGGCUGAUCCCACUCCCCUGCUCUUCCACCUGUGCUGCGAGGUUUGCUGCCAGCAGAGCCCCCGGGAGAGCCGGGCCCUGGGCAGGGACAUCUGGAACAUCUUCCUGGACAGGGCGGCGCCCCUGCGGGUGAAGCUGCCGGAGCAGCUCCUGGCCGAGAUCGAGCUGCGCCUGCGGAACGGCGACGAGCUGCGGCCGGCGCUGCUGGAGGCGCAGGAAUUCCUGAUCCCAGAAAUCCAGGAGCAGCUCCAGGACUACAGGACGAAGCGCACGCUGGGGCUGGGCAGCCUCUACGGGGAGAACGAGCUGCAGGAGCUGGAGCCGGGCAGCGGCGCCCGGGAGCCGCGGGAGCGCCGGGAGCGGGAGCGGGCGCUGGCAGAGAGGCAGCUGGGGCACCUCGGCGACAUCCUCUCCAAGUACGAGGAGGAGCGGAGCUCUCCCAUGGCCUUCGCCCUCAGCACCUUCAUGGCCCACGCCGGGAUCCGGCCCCGGGAAUUCCGGGAAUCCCGGGAAUCCCGAAACCCCGGAGCCCCCGAGAAGCUCCCGGACAAGGACAAGUGGCUGCCCUUCUUCCCCAAGGCCAAGAAGAGCAGCAGCUCCAGGAAGGAGAAGGAGCAGAGGCAGAACCCGAUCCUGAAAUACAUCGGGAAACCCCGGAGCUCCUCCCAGAGCACAUUUCAUGUCCCCCUGUCCCCUGCGGAAGCAGUGAAGCCGGGGAACGUCCGGACCAUGAUCCAGCACUUUGAGAACAGCCACGGGGAGCCCCCGGAGCCGGGCCAGCAGCGCCUGUCCACGGGCAGCAUCCCCGAGGAGCUGCUGGAGCCCGACAGCUCCCGCUGCGAGGUGCGCCUGGGCCGCUCGGAGUCGCUGAAGGGCCGGGAGGAGCUGCGGCGCUCACGGCGCUCGGAGCUGGUGCCGCGCUCGCGCAGCGACGUGGACAUGGACACGGGCAGCGAGCCCGCCCGGCUGCACUCCGCCUCCUCCUCCGCCUCCAGCCUCUCCAACAGAUCCCUGGAAAACCCCACCCCCCCCUACACGCCAAAGAUGGGGCGCAGGAGCAUGGAUUCCCCCAGCCUGGGCCUGGGGCCCGACCCCUUCCUGCCCCACCUGCUGGAGGACGAGCAGGGCCCCGUGCCCGACCUGGAGCCGGAGCCCGACUCCCAGACGGCCCCGAAUGCCCAGCAGAGCUGGCAGCAGAAUUCCCAGAGCUGGCAGCACUCGGUGAGCCGGGAGCUGCUGGCCAGCCUGCCCCAGCGCGAGGUGGAUCGCCAGGAGGUCAUCAACGAGCUGUUUGUCACCGAGCUGUCCCACCUGCGCAUCCUGCGCGUUCUGGAUUUGCUUUUCUUCCAACGCCUGCGCCGGGAGCAGCUCCUGAGCCGGGAGGAGCUGGGGCUGCUCUUCCCCAACCUGCCCGACCUCAUCGACGUGCACAAUUCCCUCUCGGAAUCCAUGAGGAAGCUGCGGGAGGAGCAGGGCCCCAUCAUCGGCGAGAUCGGCGACCUGAUGCUGGCCCGGUUCGAGGGCGCUGCCAAGGAGGAGUUCCAGCGCGUGGCCGCCGCCUUCUGCUCCUCGCAGUCGGUGGCGCUGGAGCUGAUCCGCACCAAGCAGCGCAAGGAGAGCCGCUUCCAGCUCUUCAUGCAGGAGGCCGAGAGCAACCCGCAGUGCCGGCGGCUGCAGCUGAAGGAUCUGCUGAUCGCGGAGAUGCAGCGCCUCACCAAGUACCCGCUGCUGCUGGACAACGUCAUCAAGUGCACCCCGGCGGGCUCCUCGGAGCAGCAGAAGCUGCUGCGUGCCCACGAGCAGAGCCGGGAGGUGCUGCGCGCGGUGAACGAGGCCGUGCGGCGCGCCGAGAACCGGCAGCGCCUGCGGGAGCACCAGCGGCGCCUGGACACCUCGGCGCUGGAGAGGACCAGCAACCCCCUGGCCGCGGAAUUCCGGAACCUGGACCUGACCACACACCGGAUGAUCCACGAGGGACCCCUGACCUGGAGAGUGGGCAAGGACAAGAGUGUGGACCUGCACGUGCUGCUGCUGGAGGAGCUGCUGGUGCUGCUGCAGCGCCAGGACGAGCGCUGGCUGCUCAAGUGUCACAGCAAGGGUGGCCUGGGGGGGGCCCCGGACACCAAGCAGAGCUUCAGCCCCGUGCUCAAGCUCAGCUCGCUGCUGGUGCGCUCCGUGGCCACAGACAAGCGCGCCCUGUUCAUCAUCUGCACCUCGGAGCUGGGACCCCAAAUCUACGAGCUGGUGGCACUGACGUCCUCGGAGAAGAACACGUGGAUGCAGCUGCUGGAGCAGGCGGUGCAAGGGGCCACCAGGAGCCCCCCGGGGCCACCAAAGCAGGGACAGAGCGAGGCCAGCGGGGACGGGGCCAGCCUGCUGCUGCCGGACCCCGCCGUGUCCCCGGAGCUGGCCCGGGACACCGAGCCCGAGGAUUGCUCCUCAGCCGGCAGUGACCCCGAGCCCCCGGGGCGGGCGCAGGAGCUGCUGGAGGAGCCGCGGGGGGCCGGAGCUGGGGACCCCGACCCGGGGGACCCUGACCCCGACCCCGGCCUGGGGGACCCCGACCCCGCCCCGGGGGGUCCCGGCCCCGUUCCCGGAAUCCCCAAAUCCCCGGGAAGCGCCGGAGUGGUCGAGGCAGCGCUGGAGGAUGUGGAGGCCCUGCGGCUCCUGAUUGUCCGGCGGCUCCGGGACCCCCGCCUGUGCAGCCGGGAAUUCCCAAUGUCCAGCCGGGAAUUCCCAACGUCCAGCCGGGAAUUCCCAAUGUCCGGCCGGGAAUUCCCAACGUCUGGCCAGGAAUUCCCAACGUCCGGCCGGGAAUUCCCAACGUCCGGCCAGGAAUUCCCAAUGUCCAGCCGGGAAUUCCCAGUGUCCAGCCGGGAAUUCCCAACGUCCGGCCAGGACUCGGCCACGUCCAGCCGGGAUUCCGGGACGUCCAGCUGGGAAUUCCCAACGUCCAGUCAGGAAUUCCCGGUGUCCAGCCAGGAUUCCGGGAUGUCCAGCCAGGAAUUCCCAGUGUCCAGCCAGGAAUUCCCAAUGUCCACUCGGGAAUUCCCAAAGUCCGGUCGGGAAUUCCCGGUGUCCAGCCAGGAAGGGCCGGAGGGGCCGGAGCCCAACGGGAUCCGAAUCAACCGGAAAGCCCAGGAGGAGGGGCCGGAGGAGGCCACGCCCCCGCGCGGCUGCAGCCAAUCAGAGCCCGAGCUGCGGGAAGGAGGCGGAGCCAGCGCUGAGGGGAAUUUCUUCUACCUGAGCCUCCCCACGGGGCCCCCCCGGCUGGGAGGGGACAGCAGGGACCCCCCCGGGGACACGGAGCUGCUCCUGGGGACCCUGGAGGAGCUGCGGGGGAAACUGCUGAGCCUCAGGGCCAUGGAAGCCGCUCACCGGCAGCUGCUGCGCUCGCUGGGCGGGGGCGACGCCGCCGUCCCCAACAACGUCCCCAGUGUCCCCAGCGCCGUCCCCAGUGUCCCCAACAACGUCCCCAGCCCCCAGAGCUCGCCCUGGGGACACGGUGGCACCGCCACCCGCGCUGGCACCGCCACCCACGGCACAGGCUCCGACGCCCCCGCCCACCUUUAACCCAGAGGGGGGGGAUGGGCUGGAAUUUCCCUCCCCUCCCCCAGACCCCCCCCGGAAGAUUUUCCAGGGAAUUCCGGCCGGGAAUUCCCCCCGGACGGCCGGACAGACGGACAGAUGCACUUUGUUGGGAAUUCCCCCUUUUCCCCCCCAAAAAAAACCCCUAUAAAUAUGUACGUACGCCCCUCCCCCACGCUGUAAAUACCCCCGGUGUCCCCUCCCCCCUCCCGGUGACAAUCGGGGGUGACACGGUGACAAUCGGGGGGUGGCACCCCCAAAAUCCCGGGAUUUCCCCCCAAAAGCCCGGAUUUUCCCCAAAUCCCGGGGUUCCAUAUAAAUAUUAUAAAUAUCAGAGCCCGGGGGGCUGAAGCUGGGAAGAAUCCCCCA